AUGGCUUCAUUAAUUAAGAAAGAUCCUCACAUAUACUCGUACCGCGAAUUAAGGGGCUGGGUGAAUGGUUUAGGAUAUUUUCCGGAUGCACGACUGAAGCCCUACUUGGAGCUAGUUGGAUUCGGGUCAGCAGCAUUGACCCGGACGCUCGAUUUGCAGUACAAUUUAAUAUCCGCAUUGGUCGAGCGUUGGCGCCCGGAUACCCACACUUUUCAUUUGCUGUGUGGGGAGUGCACUGUCACUCUGGAGGAUGUUGCAUUGCACUUUGGGCUCCCAAUCGAUGGGAAUGUCAUAACGGGCGUAAGUGCGAUAGCUGAGUCGGCUGCACUUUGUUAUAGCCUACUAGGAGCCUCGCCUGGCGAUGAUGAGUCCAAUUUUUCGGAGUUGAAAUUUACAUGGCUAAAAGCUAAUUUUGAGCAUUUAUCAGUUAAUGCCACUGAAGAAGAUUGGGGUUUCGCAAUUCUGGCUAUAUUGUAUCGUGAGCUUUGUCGGACGACAAAGCCUGAUGCCUUAGACAUAGGCGGAUGCCUUUUAUUGUUGCAGUCAUGGGCUCUUUAUCGGAUGCCAUUCUUGGCAUCAGUUAGUCACCAACUAUACGUAUUUCCACUAGUUAACAGAUGGAGUAUUUAUCUGGGUAUCGGGAGGUCGUACACUGUCCCGAUAUAUCGUUUGAUGAUUGAACAAUAUGCCGGGAAAAGGUUUAUAUGGAUGUCAUAUCGUAGACCAGAAAUUGCAGCUAUUAUACCCUCGUCUGGCUACGUUCAUUCUCAAUUGUGGUGUGGGGAAGGUUCACGGCAUCAACAAGAGAAGGAAACAUGGAAUGCAUUGGGGGGUUGUGCACUGGAAAUUUGUUGUGUUGUAGGAUAA